GCAGGGGCUGGAAUAAGCAAGUCUUGAAGAGACAGAGAUAACUGCAGCUUUUCUCAGAAGUGUGGGACACAGCAUUGUCUGCUCAGGAUGUGGAAUCCGUGCUCUGUGGAUGAAGUUUGUUGUGGGGUGUGUCCAACACAGGCCAGUGAGACUUGAGUGGCAUUUAGCUUAAAGCUGCAUUGAUUAUAAAUACCUCUGAGCAGCCACAUUGGAAUUUGGAGCUCAGUUCAGCUCAUCGUGGUCAGUUAUUCUUAAAUCGCCAUAGAAAGUAUUGGGUGGGGUUUUAUUGAUUGUAUCAUAAUAGAUAAAGUGAGUUAAAGCUGUGUCUUCAUUCUGUGUUUUAGAGGAUGGGCUUCCCCAUUAGAUGUGAUUAUCUCCUUUAGUCUCAGAUUUUGUUUUUAAAAUCUGGCUACAGGUUUUAAUUUUUAAAAUUUAUAGUCCAGGAGAGAAAUGUGUGGGGAUCUCGGGGGAAAUGCUUUAUCCACAAGCAGUGUGUUAGUUUCUGAUAAAAUGUGUCUGCAUUUUUGUCUGUUAAAGGUUAUAAAAAGUUAUGGGAGCUUUGAGGGGUUUUACAGGUUUUUGGUCUGUUUUGGGGGCAGUUUUGAUUGUUUCUAGAACAGACUUAGAAUGCUCCUAGAGAGCAGGAAUGAAAGUGUUUUGGACAAUGUUGCUUCAGCAUAGAUAAUGAGGCAGGAAUUCGAUCAAAACCUUAUUUUUGUGUGUUCUUUUUAGUUCAGUGUUUGAGAACCCUUCCGUAGCUUGUUACUGGGACAAGUCCUGAGUGGGAACAUGUCGCUACGCUGCCUGCAGCCGGCUCUCUGCCCUCCUUGCCUGUGUUUGGCCGCUGUUUGUGCUCCGCGAUUUUUCCGCGGCUCCCUGGCCCCGAGGGGCGCCCGGAGCCGGGAGCGCUGCAAAUGGCGGCUGCGGCGGGACUACAACUCCCAGGAUGCUCCGCGCAGCGUCGCACGGUGGCGUCACCACCGCGCCAGGGAGCCGGUGAGGAGAGGAGCCCCGGGACGGACCGGACCGGACCGGGCCGGGCCGGGCCGGGACCGCGAGGGGCGAUGGCUCAGGACAGCGAGGCGCCUCCGGCCAAGCGGUUCAAGGCGGCACCCCCCGGCACGCAGCCCCAGAGCGCCGCGCCGCCCGCACACGUGCAGCGCCGCUCCCUGCCCAUCUCCGGAGCCCGCGGGCCGCUGCUGGCCCGGCUCCGCCGCCUCGACACCGCCGUCCUCAUCGGAGAAACGGGCUCAGGGAAGACCACUCAGCUCCCUCAGUACCUGUACGAAGUGGGGAUUGGCCACCCCGGCACCAUCGCCGUGACCCAGCCCCGCAGGGUGGCAGCUGUCACCCUGGCUGCCCGAGUGGCUGAGGAGAAGAGGACGGAGCUGGGGAGGCUGGUUGGCUACACCGUGCGCUUCGAUGACUGCUCGUGUGCCGAGACCAGGAUCCGGUUCCUGACGGACGGGAUGCUGCUGCGGGAGGCCAUCGGGGACCCUCUGCUGCACAAGUACAGCGUGGUCAUCCUGGACGAGGCCCACGAGAGGACCAUCCACACGGACGUGCUCUUCGGAGUGGUCAAAGCCGCUCAAAAGAAGCGAAAGGAGCGGGGCCUGCGGCCACUGAAAGUGAUUGUCAUGUCAGCCACGAUGGAUGUUGACCUGUUCUCCCAGUACUUCAAUGGAGCUCCUGUCAUCUAUCUGGAGGGCCGGCAGCAUCCCAUUGACAUCUUCUACACCAAGGAGCAGCAGAGUGACUACCUGCAGGCAGCACUGGUGUCCAUCUUCCAAAUCCACCAGGAAGCCCCUGCAUGCCAGGACAUCCUGGUGUUCCUGACUGGUCAGGAAGAAAUUGAAGCAAUGACCAAAACCUGUCGAGACGUUGCCCAGCAUCUCCCCGAGGGCUGCCCACGGAUGACAGUGCUGCCCCUUUAUGCUUCUCUGCCCCACUCCCAACAACUCCGUGCCUUUAAACCUACCCCUGAGGGCUGUCGCAAAGUGAUCCUCUCCACCAACAUCGCAGAAACCUCCAUCACCAUUGCAGGCAUAAAAUUCGUUGUGGACACAGGCAUGGUCAAAGCCAAGAAGUACAGCCCUGAAACUGGCCUGGAAGUGCUGGCAGUGCAGCAGGUGUCCAAGGCCCAGGCUUGGCAGCGCACGGGCAGAGCAGGGAGACAGGAGAGCGGGAUCUGCUACCGGCUCUACACAGAGGAGGACUUUGAGAAGUUUGAGGAAAUGACAACACCUGAGAUACAGAGGUGUAACCUGGCCAGUGUGGUGCUUCAGCUCCUGGCACUGAAAAUUCCCAAUGUGCUCACCUUUGACUUCAUGUCCAAACCAUCUCCUGAUGCUAUUCAAGCAGCAAUUGAUCAGCUGGACCUGCUGGGAGCUGUGACCCAGAAGGAAGGUCAGCUUGUCCUGACCCCCUUGGGAAAGAAAAUGGCAGCCUUUCCACUGGAUCCAAAGUUCUCCAAGGCCAUCCUCCUGUCGCCCAAGUUCCACUGUGCAGAGGAGAUCCUGACCAUCGUGUCACUGUUAUCAGUGGACAGUGUCCUGCACAACCCCCCUGCCCAGCGGGAUGAGGUGCAGGCUGCCAGGAAGAAAUUCAUCUCCAGUGAGGGGGAUCACCUGACCCUGCUCAACGUGUACAGGGCCUACAAGAACGUCAAUGGGCACAAGGGAUGGUGCAGAGAGAACUUUAUCAAUGGCAGGAACAUGAAGCUGAUGGCAGAAGUGAGAGCUCAGCUCAGGGACAUUUGUGUAAAGCAGAUCCUUCAGCCUUCUGAUCUGGAGCCAGACAUAAUUUCUUCCCGUUGGGGGUCACCUGAUUUCCUACAGCUGGUCAGCCUUAAAGUCACUUCCAGCAGGAGAGUGACAGUGACAAUCCAUUUUGUCGGCUCUUAGUCUGGCUUAGCCUAGCAUCCACUUGCGCUGAAUUCCUGUGAUCCCCCAGCGUUCUGACCCAGGAAAACCCCCCAUGCUUUCUGAAGUGAAACAGGGCUGUGUCCCCACGAGGCUGCUCUCUCUCACUCCCGU